GUACCAUCCAGAAAUGGAUGUCUGAGGAAGGCAUUGCAUGGAAUCUGUAAUUUUUUAUGACGGAUUUUUCAGAACGUGAAAUCAAUGCCAUCGAACAGAUCUUUCCAGCAUGCACUGUCUUUCUCUGUGAUUUUCACAGGGAACAAGCAUGGACACGAUGGGUCCGGAAGAUAGAAAAUGGUGUUGCUUCGUGCAAGCAGAAAGUGCUCUCCAUGCUGAGAAGAUGUGCCCAUGCCACUGAGCCAUCAGAGUACAAUGCUGCAUUGGAAUACCUCAAGGCUUCUAAAGAAUGGCAGGAAAACCCGAAACUACAGAAGUGGUUCACCAAACAGUGGAUUCCGCAUUCUAAGCGCUGGGUAUGGGGAAAACAUUGCAACAAAGGAGUUCAGGUCAACACCAACAACGGACUGGAGAGGCAGAAUGGGAUAUUCAAAUAUUCCUUCUUGGAAAAGAAGAACGACACCAGUAUUUCUGGAAUGAUUUCUAUUCUCAUUUUGGAAUACCUGCUUAACAGCAUGUGCAGAUAUAUCAGAGAAAAUCUGACAGCAAUCGACUCACUGGGAAGGACAUGUGAUGAUGCCAUCCCACCCUAUCUGCAGAAUCGUCCAUCCUAUUUCAUCCGUCAUUGCAUGAGGAAAAUUGAGAUUGCAGGGACGCUAACAAAGGAUGAUGUCAUAAGAAAAUCAGAGCACUGCUUCCAGGUGAAAAGUGAGACGACAUGGCCAAGAACUUCAUACAAUGUUCAUCUUCAGACUAAGAAUGGCAUUCCCAAGUGUGAAUGCUGGGACUGGCGUUGGACUCACCUCCCUUGCAAACACAUGUUUGCCGUGUUGGAGCUACUUCCAGGGACAACUUGGUCUGCUCUACCCGAGAAGUUUCGCAACUCUCCACUCUACACCUUGGACACAGAAGUUUGCGGUUUUCUUGAGGUGCCUGCCGACUAAGGUAUAGACUUGGGAGACCAUCAGCCCAUUCAAUUAGACCAGCCAGCUGAUGACACGAUGUUGGAGGAACUUCCAAAACGAGGCCAUUUGCCCUCUGCAAAAAAGCAAUUGGCCCUUAAGUGCAGGGAAAAGGUAGACCUACUGAGAGACCUAACUUACUUGAGUUCAGAUGAUGUACUAAACAUGAUGGACGACAAGUUGGGCCUGCUCCUAAUAAUCGUGCAAAUGAAGCUCCGGAAUGAAAGUGGCUUAGUUGAGGACCCACCUAAGAACACAGCAUCAAAGAAAAGGAGCCGGCCAUCACCCUCGAAUCUUCCACUGAGGAAGAAAAAGAAGAUAGCCAGAGUAGGAGCUGCUGCAGAGAGACUCCAAACAAAUAAGGAGCUCAUAACCAAGGCUGUAGAAAACAAAUCCUCACAAGGUAAGUUGAGAUUUUCUUCUCGUUAUUCACACCUCCGCAAAAUCUUAUAUGAUGCAGGGACUUCUCUGGAAAGAAAUUGGAGCAAGAUCAAAAAAUAAUGUAAGAUAAAAUAAGGUAAGAUAAUAUAUAGACUCUAUUGACCCCCUCUCAGAAAACAAAGCCACUCUACAGUACAACAUUAAAGACUUCACUAUUUUGUUGAGCGUUCCCCUGGGACAAUUAAAAAAAAGAAAUUUGCAUCAAAACUCUACCACUUUAGCUUUAAGAAACUCUAUAGAUUCAUUCUUUCCACUUCCUUCAAUGUGAUCGGUGCAAUCAAAACAUCAUUUAAAUCAACUGACUUGGUUAGAGAACCAACUUCAACUGUAUUUCUUACACCAAAUAUUGUCAAAGGAAUAGGCAAGCUGCUCUUGAAGAAAAUUAUAAAA